AAAAUAGCCACAUAGCUUAUAACUGUGGUACAAGCGCCUGCUGCAUCUGAACGGAGUGAUCCGCUCGGAGGAGUCCAUUUCAAUCAGUGCUCUCCAUCAUGGAAGCUACAGGCAAGUUUGACUUUGUCGCUACUGCGGAGGAUGAACUGAGUUUUAAGAAAGGUGACAUCAUUAAGAUUUUGGGCACGAAUGAUGACUGGUUCAGAGCUGAGAUGCAUGGCAUGGAGGGCUUUGUUCCUCGAAAUUACAUAAACAUCAACUUUCCAAGCUGGUAUCAAGAGAAUACUAGUCGACAAGCAGCACAGGAUACCCUGAUCAUGCGGCCAAUCGGAGCCUUUCUCAUCCGCGGCAGUCAGAGUUCACCCGGAGAUUUCUCCAUCUCAGUCAGACAUGAGAAUGAUGUGCAGCAUUUUAAAGUGAUGCGGGAUUCCAGGGGCCAGUACUACCUGUGGGCUGAGAAGUUCAACUCUCUCAAUAAGCUGGUUGACUAUUAUAUGCACAACUCCAUCUCCAAGCAGGGCAGAAUCUUUCUUCUGGACAGUGAUCAGCCGCCUCAAGCACCGAGACCAAACCUUCCAGAUAUGGCACCAAGAGCCCCAGAACCACCAUCAUUCAAACAGGAGAGAGGACGUCCUUUGACCAGAACACCUGUCCCACCUGCUCCUCGAUCUUCUGAACGUUUCCCACCCCCACAACCGUCUAUGAUGCAGGUUCGGGCCAUGUAUGAUUUCAGUGCAGAGGAGCAUGAUGAGCUAGACUUCCGUGCCGGGGACUUAAUUGAAGUUUUGGACCGUUCAGAUCCCUCUUGGUGGAGGGGUAGACUACAUGGCAGGACUGGCCUAUUCCCAUCCAAUUACACCACACCUGUAUGA